AUGGUUCCUGUAUUUCUAUACAUGAACCGUUAUCCUGUCUGGACGAAAUUCGCCCAAGUUACCCAGGAAGUAAUUAUGUACACCCAAGCAACCACUGUUGUUCUGGAAUUCGGUGUGCGGUUAAUGACGAUGUGCCUACCUUCGGCUUACAUAACAAAGGUCGUGGAUCAUUUACCGAAAUGGAAACUCCUUGUCGCUCUAGUAUCGCUACCACUCAUUAUUGCUACACCAUUCUAUUGUAUUUUCAAUUUUCAGUAUGGUCUUAAGGGUACGAACGUUCCACUACUUCUAAGUACUCCUGAUGUUACCUACGAUACGUCCAUCUUCUUUAUCGGACUAGUUUACCGAGUGACGGCUCUGGUCCUCUGUCUGUGCGGUUAUGUUUAUAUGUUCGAUACGAUUCGAAGGAAAGGGGCCCGAGCAGAAUUCAAAAUAUUGCUUCAUGGCGUCUGCCUAGUGAUAGCAUUGAUAGCUGUCAUCACUUCGAGUCUUUGCCGACGAUUCAAAAUUGGCGAGGUACGGUAA